AGUAUAAUUCGAACGCUCAUUGAAAAUGGUCUACAGGCUGCGCAUGCGGCAAGCCUAUAACUUUACGUUCACCUCCAAAUCGUAGUCGAAAUCGGUUUUGGAUUUCGGAAUUCGGAAUUCGUCGCGUCGCGUGCUCACUUUGAAAUUGCACUUUGAAAUUACCUAUCGCAUAUCGUAUCGUAUCGCAUAUAUUGUACAAAAAUAUCCCAUUUUUUGUUGUUGUUUUUUUGUGGAAAAUAAAGAAAAAAAUAAUACGAAUACAAGACGUGCGCUACACACACACACACACACACACACACACAACCGAGUGCAAUAUUGGAAAAAAUCGCUGCACGAUGAGCAGUUCCCUGGGACUGAGGCGACAGCCAGCGUUGUUGUUACUGCUGGCAAUGCUGCUGCUUCUCUCGCGGAUUGGCGCAUUGCCCACCAUACAGCAGGGUGCCAACUAUGUGCAGCAGCUGGACAAGAGUUUCUUUCAGCCGCGAGAAAUAGAACAGACCAUCGAUGAGGUGCAAAAGAUACUGGCCAACGAUCCAGCGCUGCCCAGACUCACACGCGGCGAGAUCGAGGAGCUGUAUGAGAAGGUGACGCGCGAGGAAUACGAGAAGAGCAUCGAGGCGGGCGACAUGAGUCGAGCGGACAGCAUGCGUGCCCUGAUGCUGGUGCUGCCCUACAACACGGACAACAAUACCGAGGAGAAUCUGCAGGAGCUCUACACCCGUCCGCCGGUCACAAGAGUCAUCGAUGCCUACACGCCACCCGAUCCGAUUAAAUUCCUCACACCCGAUCCGAAUGCGGCGCCACGAAGCACUGUGCCCGGUGGCAAUCCGGCUGUGGCUGCCACGACGUAUAAGCCAGCCUUUGGUAAUCUGCCCAAGCAAUUGUACACGGCACCCACAGCGACCACAUAUCAUCCGCCUGCGCCGGCGCCAGUGAUGUAUCAGCUGACGCCAUCGUUGGGCAAGCCCAGCAUGGACUUUCAACCGGUCACCAAGCUGCCGCCCAGCUAUGACUUUGCCCCGCAACCCGUGCAACCCGUGCAGCAGGCGCAACAGGCGCAACGCUUCAGCUCGCACUACAAUGCCAAGAAUGCGCAGUUCCUGCGUAAGCCGGCGAAACCCGUGGAAAACAAAGUCAGCACCACGUCGAGCACUGUGAAACCCGUGGCGGACAUACUCGAGAGUCUGGGCAUUGUGGGUGGCCAUGGCGGUGGUGGCCAGACGAAUCACAAGCGCUAUGCGGCCAUCGAUGAUUAUUAUCCGGCAGAGAGUGCCCCUCAGCCAGUGGUGGCCAUGGCCGAUCUGCGUGGUCUGCAGGGAGCACGUAUACGCCCCGAUGCCUAUUCGAAUUUCAAGCCACUGAACAUUGGCGAAGAGCUGCGCGUCAAGCCCGAGGUGGAGGGCUAUCUGACACGCUUUGGCAUUGUCAAGAAACCGAAGGCACUCAAGAAAUCUCCGGCAGCUGUGGCGGCCACCGAGGAACCAGCUGGCGCACACACCGAACUGUCGACGGCGACGGCAAAGUUGCCCACGCAAAGCAACGUAGAGUUGGCCAAGUUGCUGGAGAAUCUUCAGGAGUUGGAGCGUCUACAGGCGCAGAGCAGUCGUCCGGCUAACACUACACCGAAGCCAACAACGAGCACCACGACGACAACAACAACAACGACGACGACAACGACACCAGCUCCUCCCACCUCACUGCCCACGGCUCAGCUGAUCACCCACGGAGCUCCGCUGUUGAUUGAGCCCAAGAAGCCGCGACGUCGCAUCGAUCCGAACAUCGACAUUAACUUUGCGAAUACUGGGAAUCAACAGAAGACGGCCAGCUCCACGGAUGAGCUGUCGAAGCUGCUGCAGAACCUGCAAGAGCUGGAGAAGCUCAAGAUCAAUCCUGAGAAUGUGCUCAAGGCCACCACGAGCAGCGUGAACAAUGCAGGCAUACAAUCGCUCAGUAAUCGUUUCAUCACCACAACUCCAGUGCCGGCUCCAACUCCGGCUCCCACAUCAGCGGCUGCUGCUGCUUCGGCGGCUGAGGCUCGUGAGCUGCAACUCAUUCUUCGCCAGCUGCAGCAGCUGGAGCAGGCGAAUGCUCUGCGCAAGGCGAGCACCACCAGCUCAACCACAACUAGCACCAGCACCACCACAGCACGUCCACGUCCACGUGCCACGUCCCCCUUGAGCCUGGAUCCCUCACAGGCGAGUCGCUUGGGUGUGGCGGACUUUGCGCAGCUUCAACGACUGCUCAGCGAUGACAGCGAGCUGGAGCGUCUCUACGAGCAGGCGCGCAACACCAAGAAGCAGGCCAAGAGCACCACUAGCACCACUUCUAGCACCACUACGACGACAACGCCACGUCCCACGAAAGCAGCUGCUGCCGUAGAUCACGCACAGUUCGAGGCGUUGAUCACACGUGUGCAGCAGCUGGAGCAACUGCAGCAGCCGAAGGCAACCACGCCAGGUUUCCACACACGCAACGUGGCCUCCGCUAAUCGUGGUCCCGCGCUGAGCCUGCCCAGCAAUGACUACGCUCAGCUGCAGCAGCUGGCCGCCAGUGCACCGGACUUUGAUCCCUACGAGGGGCAGGUGGAGAUCUCGACAGCGGCAUCCACGUCGAAGCAACGACAGCGCCCGCCGCGUCCGCUGAAUCCGUUUGAACGCAGCAAUGGACUGCUGCACGACGUUCAACCGCAGGACUAUGUGCAGCUGCAGAAGCUGCUGAGCAAGGUGCAGGAGCUGGAGCGUGUGCAGCUUCAGGAGACGCGUCCGACGACGGGACAUCAGCUGGUCACCGCCGCCUCGGUGCGCAAUCAGAAUGUAAAGAGCCUAAGUGGUCAGCACAUUGUGUACGCACAGCCGGCGGAGAUGGAGCACGACCAGGAUUUGAAGCUGGAGUUGCCGGUGUAUCAGCAGCCAAUGAGCACCACACCGAUGCCGACACCGGGCAAGCGAUACACUUCCAGCGAGGAGUUGCGUGAGUUUGCCAUGUCGCAGCCGGCGCAUCCACAAUCGGCAGCAGCAGCAGCAACAUCCGCAGCAGCGGACUUUGCCCAGUAUCAGCAGUUCUUUAGCAGCUUGGAGGACAACGGCGAGCGUCAGUCGGCGAGCUAUCCGCAUAUGCAGCCCAUCUACAAGACGGUGGCGGCGGCAGAAGCUGCGCCGGCUCCUGCUCCUGCUUUUGUGCCAGCUGCUGCUCCCUCGACAACUACAACGACUACGACGUCCACUUCAACCACAACUCCCGCGCCCAAAGUGAAACCCAAUCUGCUGCCCAAGCAAGCCGAUCUCGCCGAGCUGCAGAAACUGCUCUACAACACACAACAGCUGCAGAAACUGGGCGUCGCUCUGCCCCACGAGCUCUCCCAGCAGCUGGAGAGUCAGCUGCAAUCGCAGACGAGCACCACGACCACGAGCACCACAACGACGAGCACCACCACCGCCUCGCCACUGUUGAUGUCAGCUGCCUCGCCAUCACCGCAACCCACGCACGAUUCCUCCUCGCCUGCCGUCUUCUCCCUGACGACCAUAAAACCCGCAUCGCCGCGUCCCCCACGGCCAAGUUUGCCCAUCACUGAGAGCAGCGUGGAGCUGCCCAUUUUCAGUGCCACCAAGAUCAUUGAAGCAGCGAUCAAGCGUGCCGCCAAUCGCAUUGGCGUGGCCACCGAACCAACGCCCGUCAGUUUGGCGCAGGGUUUGGGUUUUGGUUUUAGGAGACGCAGCGAUGACUUGGUGGCGGAUGCCGAGGAGGAGCAGGAGGGUGUCAUGGAUGGCGAUCUGAUGGCCGAGUUCAGUGAGCUCAACUAUCAGCUGGCCAAGCCGGAGCCCAAGCAACUGCCGGAGCCCCGAAUCGACGAGAAUCGCAAUGAGUUGCAGCGUCUAAUCAGCAAUCUGCAACAGUUGCAGCAGCUGAAUGUGAGCCUGGAUCGUGUGCGUUCGCCGGAUGCCAUCUAUUUGGAUUCGUUGCGCGGCCAGCAGCUGGACACGACCAAGUUGCGGCGACAGAGCGUCGAUAAUGCCACCACAGACAAGCAGACGGAAGUAGAGACGGAGACAACGCAAUCGCCCACACGCAUCAGCUUGAAUCUGGGUUUGACCGACGAUGCGACGGAUGAGAGCAGCUCAGGAGCAGCGAGCAGCGCAUCCUCAACAACCACGGAGGCUAGCACAACAACAACAACAACAACAACCACGGAGGAGUCACGCAAUGGUUCGCUCGCCGAUCUCGAGGAUUCCUUUGGACCCGAUCCCGUGUCACAGGAACCGCCGCCGGCGAAAAAGAAGAAUGGUUUCUAUUUCCUUGCCGAUUGGAAUUCAUUCUUUGAGGCCGACAAUCUCGAUGAUCAGGUUGUGGUGCGUUUCAGUCCCAAGAUUGGCGAUCCUCGUGACUUUGUGCCCGUCUAACUUUUUGGCGUGGACUUUGUUUUUUGUGUAUAUAGCUCUUAAUCACCUUCUUCAUCCCUCUCUACCACCCCCUCUAUUCCUAUUACUCUUUCAUUUGAUUUAUAAUUGUGUAGCGUGUGCGUGUUGUAUUUAUUUUAGUCACUGGUUUUUUUUUUAUUAUUUCGCCGCCGCCUAAUGGAUCCAACGGGGAGAGUUACAAAGGGUCGUAGUCAUAAGUUGGGGCCUAAGCCUAAAUGUGUAAGAGUCAAUAACAGAAUUAUAUAUGAGUGUGUGCUUAAAAAGGAGAUAACAAUAAUAAAUAAAAAUGGGCAUCGAUGGGCAGCGAGAGUUAUAAGAAAACCCCGACAACAAUUUGUAGCUUAAAAUAAAGAUGUAUAAAAU